AUGCAGUUGUUGCAGCCCGGUGUGGGGUGUCCGUCGGCGGGCAGUCGCCACGGCUUGCGCGGACUCCCGGAGUCCAGCACGGCCGGGUGCUUCCCUGCGGCCAUCGCUCCUACGGCAGGACCGGCUCUCAGCACUUCCGCAGCCCACGCCACAAUCUGCAGGCACCCACGGCAGAAGGGUCACCCCCAAGAGGAGACCAGGGCCUCACGACCGCCCGACGCUGAAGGGAGGGGAGGCUGGGCCAAGCCCGCGCUGGGCGAACCGCCGGCACCGGAGAGAAGGCGCUCCCUGACCCGUCGCUCUCACGAACAGGCGGCUUCCGGCGCAUCCCAACGUCAUCGUUCCCCGCCGCCGCGCCCAGCCGCUUCCACCCGGCCCGCUUCUGCUGUCCGGCGCGCUCGUAGCGGCGCCCCGGCGAGAGGCGACCGGGCACGGACGCGUCGACGCUUCCCCACAGGCGAGACACGGCUGCUGAGGAAUUUGGCUGCCUGCUGGGUUCCGCCGCUUCCGACUCGUACCCGAGGUUUUGGUUUUGCCUUUGCCUGGGUCCAGCUCCAUGGUUGCUGAUAUCUGAAAUCUUCCUACUUAAAGCAAGAGGCGUAUCUAGUGCUGCUUGUGUGUUAACCAACGGGGUUAUGGCCUUCUGAGGAACCCAAAGAAUUUCGGGAUUGUAUAGUAAGCAUUUUAUAGAAGCGAAUUACACUUAUUUCUUCAGUUCCUGUGUUCUUUUAACCUGGUGUACUAACUGUAAUGGCCAUGUGAGAAUAUUAAGUGAUUGGGGCCAAUAUCUUUUUUUUUUCUAAGAUGUAAAAUAAAAUCUAAUUUUAUAAAUAAAUGAAAUUUCCUUCCUUAACUCUACCUUUUCCUUAGGCUGCAUCUUACAGU